AUGGAGACGGUGUGCCUGCCCGAUGCGUUCCCGCGCGCGUACCGGUGCGUGUACAUGGCGCAGUUUGAGGGCGUGCGGAAUGGUGGCGAGCUGCGGGAUGCGCUGAUCCGUGCGUCCAAGGCGGACGAUGACGCGGAGCGGCGGCGCGUCGACUUUGCGUUUGUCGACGCGCGUCUCGUGCAGAGCCGGCAGCAGCUCAUGACAGCGAUUGUGCAGGCGAUCGUGGGCGCGAUGCGCCGCGAUCCCAAGCGUCCAGACGCCGAGGUCGGCCUCAAGACGCCGUCGAUCCACUCGGACCUCCUGUGGACACUCCACAGCAACAACAACAUCGCCGAGGCGCUGCGCCGCUUUGGCGUCUCGCGCACGACGCGCACCCUCAUCCUCGUGCGCGUAGCGCCGCCCCUGGACGCGGGAGAGCUCGUGCAGCACAUGACACAGCUCGUCGACGGCACGCUGCAGACGCGCGGCCUCUCGCUGCCGUCGCCCGCGCUCGCGUGGAGCGAGCUUGGCACCGCCUACAAGAUCCAGGACACGCCCGCGUUCCAGCACCCAGAUACCUCGCAAGUCGAUGCCCUCAUCUGUUCUAUGGUCGCAUCCAAGUACGUAGGCGCGUAA